AUGGGUUGUUUCAAUUGCUUUGCUUUGGGAUUCUUCGUGGCUCUGUCGCUUGCAAGCAUUGAUGUCGGGGUUGCAGCUCGUCACCUUCAGCAACUGCCUCCAAUGCCAACAUUGCCUACAACCACACUCCCACCAUUCCCAUCUAUCCCUAAUCUCCCACAGCCAUCCAUACCAUCUUUCCCAAGGCCUGGGGCGCUUCCUCCACUUCCUACCAUGCCUGCUUUGCCCACAUUGCCUACUGUACCAAGGGCCACAUUGCCCCCUCUACCAAGCAUGCCUUCGAUUCCCACAAUCCCAACUACAAUUCCCUCUAUUCCAUUCUUCUCUCCACCACCUUCUCCUUCUAGUCCUUAA